GGCAUUAUGAAACAAUGGCUACUCUAAAAAUAUAUCAGCUGUGCGGUUAGCAACACACACUCAUACACCCGCAACAGGUUUGGUCACUCCAGCUAGCUAAAAAAAAUGCUAGUUACACGACAUCUGAUAAAACUGCAAAGCUGUAUACGGCUCAAUACCACUGAUACUUUUACACAUAGAUUACGAAAGGCUUAUUCCAGCAUGGAAUCUCCAAAAAGUGUCUAUGUAACAAGGCCGGAUGUUGCCUCUGUAGGAUUGGAUUUGUUGAAAAAGGAAUGCAAUGUAACCCACUGGUCUGAAGCAAAGCCAGUGCCAAGGGAGGAACUGCUUAGAAAUGUACAAGGCAAAGAUGCUCUAUUCUGUGCUUUGACUGAUAAAAUCGAUGCCGAAAUCAUAGAAAGGGCUGGGCCCCAAUUGAAAUGCAUUGCCACCAUAUCUGUGGGCUAUGAACAUAUAGAUCUUAAUGAAUGCAAAAAGCGAGGUAUACGUGUCGGCUACACUCCUGAUGUACUUACAGAUGCCACCGCUGAGUUAACGCUGGCUUUAAUUCUGGCAACCAAUCGACGUUUGAUUGAAGCCAACAAGGAGGUGUACAAUGGAGGCUGGAAAUCAUGGGCACCCAGUUGGAUGUGUGGUCAGGGACUGAAGGGCUCACGUGUAGGUCUAUUUGGAUUUGGACGCAUAGGCCAGGAAAUUGCCAGUCGUUUAUUGCCUUUCAAACCGGCUCUUAUCACCUACACUACACGCACCGAACGACCGGAGGAGGCCAAAAGGGUUUCCGCCUCCUAUGUCUCAUUCGAUGAGAUGCUAGGAGAGUCGGAUUUUAUUAUCGCAUGUUGCGCUCUAACACCGGAGACCAAGGAAAUUUUCAAUAGCUCCGCCUUUGGCAAAAUGAAAAGUAAUUGCAUUUUUGUUAAUAUAUCACGGGGAGGUGUGGUGGAGCAAACUGCCCUCUACAAUGCCUUGAAGGAGAAGCGUAUAAUGGCAGCAGGCUUAGAUGUAACUACACCCGAACCCUUGCCCUUGGAUGAUCCCUUAUUGACUUUGGAUAACAUAGUUAUUUUACCUCAUAUUGGCAGUGCAGAAAUUAAUACACGCACUGAAAUGUCCAGAAUCACUGCCAUGAAUAUUUUGGCUGGUUUGAAAGGAACUCAAAUGAUAUCUGAAGUGGAACUAUAAAGUGAUAGAAACAUUAAGCAUCUACAUAAUCUAAGACUACAUAUAUUGUGAUUAGAAACAGAAGGGUCUUUUUAUAGACUCAAAUACAAAUUAUAAAGACAUUAAAAACAAAU